CGAGCUCUGUUACGUGGGCGGAGCGCGGACGAGUAACCGCGGCUCGGCUCGGCUGCCCACACGGGAGAGCGGGACCCACCACUGCAAGGUCUUUUUAGAGCAACUAACAGUCAUUGCAACGCUCCGAUAGUAACCGUUAUUUUGUAUGAGAACGGAAGUAACAGUCAUUGUAUCGUACCCACGUGACAGUUAUUUCGUAUAAUAACGGAAGAUUGCCGAUACAUGCUUUCCACAGUUUGAUGACAUAAUAGAAUAUACCGGCACACCACCUACAGCCACAAGAACAUGCGCUACCCCGCACCGGUUUAAGUCAUCCCGAACCCGGUCAAUCGCGCGCUGUCCCUUCUCCCGCCGCUGCCAAGGGUUAGGGUUUCUUCCAUUCGCAGACUGAUUUCUGUUUCCAAGUCAUGGUUGAUAUUGGAAAGCGUCAGCAGAGGGAUAAUGACAGUGAAGGUAAGCAGCAGAAGAAAAGAUUGGUCAACAAUGAUGGUACCAGGGACAGUGAAUUGGUUGUAUAUCGUAUCCUAUGCCCACUUGGUGUUAUCGGGAGUGUGAUUGGAAAGAGUGGUAAAAUUAUAAACUCCAUUAGACAAGAGACAAAUGCUAAAAUCAAAAUUGUUGAUCCUUUUCCUGGUGCGGAUAAGAGGGUUAUUACUAUUUACUGCUAUGUUAAGGACAAGAAUCCUGUUGAUGUUGAUGAAGAUAUCCUGCGACCACUUUGCCCUGCCCAGGAUGCCUUGCUUAAGAUUCAUGAUGCUAUAGUAAAUGCUUUAGAUAACUCUAAUGAGUUUGAAAAUAAACAGAAGGAAGGGGUUUAUAUCCUAGUGCCAGCAAGCCAAGCUGCAAAUAUCAUAGGUAAGUCUGGGUCUAUCAUCAAGAAACUGAGAUCCAAGACCAAUGCAAACAUCAAAAUUACUCCAAAGGAUCCCUCUGAUGCCACGCAUUCUUGUGCAAUGAGUUUUGACAACUUUCUUCAGAUUACUGGUGAUGCUGAAGCAAUUAAAAGAGCGCUAACUACAGUUUCUGCUAUCAUGUAUAAAUUUUCACCAAAAGAAGAGAUACCCCUCGAUAGCUCAGUUCCUGAUCUUCCCCACAUAUUGAUUCCCUCAGAUGUUCCCAUAAUUCCAGCUGGUAGUAUCUAUCCCACUGCAGACACCAUAUUACCUCCUGGAUCUUUGCCACCAGUCAUAGCUGCAACUCAUCAAGCAUCUGAGAUUCCUGGAUUUAUAGAUGCUUCUAAUGUGUGGCCAAUGUAUCCAUCUACUCUUCCUGUUGUCCCUGGAUAUGGUGGUCCGGCACGUUCAGAGGACCUGGUCUUACGAGUUCUGUGCCCAUUUGACAAAGUUGGACGUGUCAUCGGCAAGCAAGGAAAUACUAUAAAGAGCAUAAGGCAAUCCAGUGGAGCAAAAAUCAACGUUGAUGAUACUAGGGAUGAUACUGAUGAGUGUACUAUCACCAUCACAUCUAAAGAGUCUUCCAAUGAUGUGAAGUCCGCUGCAGUUGAAGCUGUUUUGCUGCUUCAAGAAAAGAUUAAUGAUCAAGAUGAUGACAGUGUUAAUAUUCGCCUUCUUGUUCCUUCAAAAGUCAUUGGCUGUCUUAUUGGCAAGAGUGGUUCAAUUAUAAAUGAUAUGCGCAAAAGUACAAAGGCGAAUAUUUAUAUCUCAAAGGGUGAAAAACCCAAACGUGCUGCAUCUGAUGAAGAGCUUGUGGAGGUAUCUGGAGAGGUAGGUAAGUUGCGUGAUGCACUCGUGCAGAUUAUUUUAAGGCUUAGAGAAGACGCUUUAAAAGACAAGGAUGGUAAUCAGAAUGCUCAAAAGGACAGCAAUCAGAAGGUUCCUCCUGUUGAUACUCUUCAUUCUAACAGUUUGUCUGUGCCUCCAGUAUUGCCUACUAUUCCACCACUUGCACCUUUGAACUAUGGCCAAAGAGCUGAAACUGAGAGUGGGAUGGGAAUAUUCUCUGGCAAUAAUUUGUAUGGUUACAGCUCGUUGCAGGCUGGAGAGAAUGCUUUUGGACCUCUUUCUUCAUUUUCAUCGAAUACGUACGGAGGAUUUCCAACUUAUAUUGAGGUAGUGAUUCCUGCAAAUGCCUUGGCUAAAGUUAUGGGUAAAGGUGGCACAAAUGUUGACAACAUCAGAAAGAUAUCAGGAGCUCAUAUAGAAAUUGUUGACUCAAAGGCAUCCCGUUUUGAACGCAUUGCCCGGAUAUCUGGUACUCCCGAUCAGAAGCGGUCAGCAGAGAACUUAAUUCAGGCCUUUAUAAUGUCUACCUAAGAUGACGGUCAAUUUCCAGAGUUGGUGAAUUUUUGAACUCUUUUUGUGAUGCUUCAAGCUUUCCAUAAUUCCCUUAGGUCUAUUAUGAAGAACAAUGGUACAAUUCCUCCUCCUCCUGUCUUUUGUACCAAACAGAGUCCACUCGUUUCUUGCAAAGUCUACUGCCAAUUGUCCUUCAUGAGAACUGUUCCCUGUCAUGAACCUAUCUUAUAUCAUAAAAUUUCUCGAAUCCUUGAUUUACUCUGAUGUUAAAUUCUUGCGAGUCCUUAAUUGUCACAAUGCCAAUGUCCUUUGUCUGACAA